AGCACAUAACCUAAAUAUUUUUCAUAUUAUUUGCUGCUUAAUUUAUAGUAGGUUCUUUAUAAUAAUGAAAUAAUAAACCACCAGUUUAAACAGUUUGUUAAAUUGUUGUGUUUAUGUCUCCACCUUAAACCUGUCCAAGCCUACAUCACACCUUUCCAUGUGCACAAGUUGUAGAUUGCAAUUUGACUCUUCACUUGGAUCCAAAUUUCCAAAUGAUGUGUCACUGGAGUGUAUAGAAAGAUAGUAAUUUCUAAAUUGUUAGGUGUUUGUUUAGCGUUUAAACCUCUCAGAGGCUGAAAAACAAUGUAAAGAUCUUGAGCGAGAGGUGCAGAGGAGGGCGUGUCUGAAGAGACUGAACUGAUCCAUUUGCCUGGAGGGCCCUCGUAAACAUGGUGCACCAUUCCUCAUGGGUGACUGUACCAUGUGACUCUUGGAGACGGUGUUUUAAAAAGCGGCUGGACCUGUCGGGAGGAAACAGAAGUAAUCACAAAGUGUCAGGAGGCGCCAGCGAAAGGAAGAUCUGGGCUGUCGGCGCUGCUGAACUCCGGCAGCCCUUCGGUGUGUAGAUUCGGUCUACAGAGUCUUAGAGCUCAAAUCCUGGUGUCCAGUCAUGGCAAGCCGUGGCAGCUUCACCAGUUCCGAGUUCUCAGAGGAAGAAUUGGAGCUGAGCCUGCAGGCUCACGUAGAUGAUGACAGUGUUGACGGCAGUCUGAAAGGCUCCUUUCCUGACAUCGAAAGUCCCAGCAGCAGCCACAGCGAGGCGGAGGAUGGCCGGGUGAAGAAGCGCAGCAGGCCGGUCCGCUCCAAGGCCCGCAGGGUGGCCGCCAACGUCCGAGAGAGGAAGCGCAUUCUGGAUUACAACCAAGCAUUCAAUGCUCUGCGAGUGGCACUGAACCAUGACUUGAGCGGCAAGCGCCUCUCCAAGAUCGCCACUCUCCAGAGAGCCAUCAACCGGAUUUCAGCGCUUUCUGUGUUCCUCAGCAACAACCCGCCCAUCGGAGCUGCCAAAGCUUGCAACCAUCAUGAAUGUCACAUACCACCUGGUGGACUACGACCGGAUGCUGGGCAUGUCCCUCCUGGAAGUGCUACACUACUGGAGCCUCAAGGGUACACGUCUUGGCACCAACCACUUGGGCACCAGAUGCAGAGUUCCUUGAGCAUGCAUCGAUUAUCUUCUGAGCAGCAGGUUUACAUGGACAGUUUGAGACACAUGAACCCUGCCUGUCCUCCAUCGCCGCACUAUUCUUGCUACUCUUCUGAUGCCCAGCCCUACCCAAUUAGCAGUCCCUGUGGGAGGCUAACCAGUGACUCGUCAAGUCCUCCUAGAUUUGGGCGACUGGUUGGGGAAGGCUUGGGGUAUCAGUCUGGAGUUUGGGGCUCUUGUUCCCAGAGCCAUAUGGAGGGCUAUGUGGAGUCCCCGCAGACUUUACCAUUCAGUUGGCAUGUGAACUACCUCCAGGACCCAGGACCACAGCACUGCUACCCAAUGCUAUGACACGUACUGCCUUUACAUGCUGUGAGACAAUAAUGAGACAAGAGAGACACUGUGUAAGUGCAAUAUAUAGAGCCUGUUAUGAGACUCUAAUAAUGAACAUACAUUUCUGCAGGAUGUGUUUAAGUGGUAAUACACUGUAUUAUGAGCUGGAUGACACUGUGUAAAUAUUUUGAAUGUAACAGACAUUGAGUUCAAACUGUUCUUAUGUGACAUUUGUGACCUCAACAUGCAAAUGCUUUCAAGCAGCGGCUAUAGACACUGUGAUGUUACGCAAAUAAAGUCAUGCUGGAAAAACACUCAGGAAUCAUGCACCAGCAAAAACAAACCACUCAGUGUUACUGUAAAUAUAUUUGUAAUUGAUUUCAAAUAAAAUAUUGCCAAAAGUUACAAACAACUGCCUAAUUCUUUUAUUGUAUCAUCGCACAUGUUUGUGCGUCUGCCUUUGUUUACUUGUGAACAUAAGUGUACGAAGUGCACACCUAAUGUGUACCUAGACGGCGAGUCAGCUUCCCUCUACUAAUUUUUGAACCGCAAAGUCUUUGAUCUGUAUCCUAGCUGCUCAUUUGCUCGUUCUUUCCAUAACACAAUAGUGGAAAGACUGCUUAGUACAUAACUAUACCAUGUGUCCAAAUGUUUGUGAACACCCCUUCUAAUAAGUGUAUUCAGCUACUUUAAGUUACAUACAAUUCUGACGCAAAGGUUAAAAAACAUAGUCCCUAUAUACAGUAGAUAAAAGAAUUGCCAAUAGAAUAGGACUGUCUGAAGCACAGCAUCAUAAAUUAUAAUUAUUAUCUUAGUAAAUAUAUAAAUGAAUCCACUGGUUCUCUGCUAGAGGAGCACCUUAUUGGGCUUUUUCAAUUUUUUCACCUGUAGAAGAACCCAAUACAGCACCACAUCUUAUGGCAUUUUCUCUACUGAAAAGGGCACCAUUGGGAAAGCGCCUUUUUCUACUGGAAGGGAAGAAGUUCAUUACUGGAGUGCCACUUUCUACACAUUCUACACAUUCUACAGACACAUUUUACAUCAUAUACAUCAUUUUCCUGAUGUAUAAUUAUUACAAAAAGGGGCACACUAGCUUGCACAGCUGGUAGGUCACACUUGUUCUCUUUUAUGCCACCCUAGGGGCCACUUUAAGGACACCUUUUUCAAACAUGUGGCACCAGAACAUGUUGAAUGUGCUCUCUAGAUCAGGAAAUUUGUAUAAUGUGUCCUAAUAAGUGGCAAUCUAUCGAUGGACUUCUACUUAUCCAGUAGUAAAAGGUGCUGUUUAAAGUGG